AUGGGGAAUCUGCUCAUCAUCCUGGCCACCAUCUCUGACUCCCACCUCCACACCCCCAUCUACUUUUUCCUCUCUAAUCUGUCUUUUGCAGAUAUGUGCUUCACAUCCACCACUGUCUCAAAGAUGUUGGUGAACAUCCAGACAGGAACCAAAAUCAUAACCUAUGAAGUCUGCCACAGCCAGAUGUAUUUUCCUAUGCUUUUUUCAGUAUUAGACAACUUCCUCCUGGCUGUGAUGGCCUAUGAGUGCUUUGUGGCCAUAUGUCACACCCUGCACUACACGGUCAUCAUGAGCCCCAAGCUCUGUGGUCUCCUGCUGCUGGCAUCCUGGUUACUGAGUGUUCUGGUCUCUCUUUUACAUGACUUAAUGAUUUUGUGUUUGUCUUUUUGUAGAGAGUUGGAAACCUCCCACUUUUUCUGUGAGUUUUCUCAGGUAGUCCAACUUGUUUGUUCUGACACCUUCCUCAAUGACCUAGGGGUUUAUUUGGCUACACAGUUACAGUGUGUUAUUCCACUCACUGGGAUCCUUUCCUCAUACUCUAAGACUGUGUCCUCUCUGUUGAGGAUUUCAACAGUGGGAGGCAAGUAUGAAGCAUUUUCCACUUGUGUGUUUCACCUCUCAGUAGUGUCCCUGUUUUAUGGUACAUCAUUUGGAGUGUAUCUUAGUUCUGCUGCUACCCAAAACUCAAGGGCAAGUGCAGUAGCCUCAGUGAUGUACACGGUGGUCACUUCUAUGCUGAACCCCUUUAUCUAUAGUCUUAGAAACAAGGACCUAAAUCAUGCCUUAUAA